GGUUACAGAAUCACAAAAACGGGUCAUGGUGCGUUUGAAAGUGAUCUGACAAAAGAUGCCAUACGACAGAAUAGGAGAAUCACUCUGAUCUUCCCCCAGCAGCCACUUUGUUAUUUAACCUAAAAGUUGCCAUGCAUCGAAGUUGGGAUUUAUUCAUAAAUCAUCACAUCAGCAGACAUCAUGUCAAGGUUUUGCAGCUGAACCAAAGCAUGUUGAUGAUGGAAUUCUCCAAUGAAAUGCGGGGAGCAAAUUGGAUUGUUCCAUUUCAAUACGGCAACAAGAGGAAAAAUUCCUUGUCUGAAUCGGUACACGACCUACAUGAGGAAAACAUGAAGGGUACAUGUACUAUCUUUGUUUUGGCGGCUGCUUUGUCUGCACUUGGUUUGUGUAAGGCACUUGACUGUUACGUGUGCAGUGGGACCGACUGCGCAGAUCCAUUAGACACGACCAGUGCACCGAGUAUAACAUGUCCGGCGCCUAACCUCCAAUGUGCAACCUUUAGGAUCGGAUUGAUUUAUAAUCGAACCUGUGCUCCCCCCGAGAUCUGCGCACUUGCCAGCUGCACCCAAAGUAUCUGUGGGUCUUGUUGUGAUCAGGAUCUGUGCAAUAGCGCACCGUUGCCCACACCCAGUGUACCAGCUCUCAGGACUUUCAACUGUUACCAAUGCCAGUACCGUUCAGACACCGGCAGAGGCACGGCGUGCAAGGAUCCUCUCGAUCCCAGCAGCGAGGACGUGCAGGUGGUUCCCUGCAAUACAAGCUGUGCUUUAGUGAACCGUAAAGACAACGGAGUCACUCAAGUGGGCCGUACGUGUUCACCCCCUACGGGCCAACUGCAGUGUUUUCCGGGUUGUUAUCCACCGCCCUUCGAUGGCUGUGCAUCGUGCUGCAGCGAGAACCUGUGCAACGGAGGAAAUGUCUCCGAUCUGCGACGCACCACACCUGUCCCAGCCACACCGAGCAAAGGAGUAACUACGACCCUUCAGAUGGCCUCGAUUCCACUGAUGGCACUGGUCCGGUAUUUGGUGAUGUAA